AUGGUAUGUCUCUCCCUCAACCAGUGGGCCCUGGACUUCGAGGGUAACGCAGCCCGCAUCAUCGAAAGUAUCCGCCAAGCCAAGGCAGCUGGGGCCACCCUGCGUGUUGGCCCAGAGCUUGAGAUCACUGGGUAUGGCGUGCUGGACGGGUUCCUGGAGGGCGACACCUUUCUUCACUCGUUCGAAAUGUUGGCCCGGAUCAUCGACCACCCAGACUGUCAAGAUAUCGUGGUGGACGUGGGCAUGCCGGUCCGACACAGGAAUGUCCGAUAUAAUUGUCGGGUGAUUUUCUACAACCGGAAGAUUAUUCUAAUCCGGCCUAAGAUGUGGCUCGCCAAUGACGGCAACUAUCGCGAGCACCGGCACUUUACGCCAUGGCAGCGCCCGCAAGAGGUUGAGGACUACUACCUGGAGCAGAUUGUCGGCAAAGUCACGGGCCAGUACAAAGUUCCAUUUGGUGAUGCAGUCAUCAGCACGAGGGAUACUUGUUUGGGACUAGAGACCUGCGAGGAGCUUUUCACUCCGAAUGGCCCUCACAUUCCAUAUGGUCUCGCAGGCGUGGAGAUUAUCUCCAACUCUUCCGGGAGCCAUCAUGAACUCAGGAAGCUGGAUACUCGCGUGAAUCUGAUCACCCAGGCCACUAAAUUGAGCGGCGGUAUCUACCUUUAUGCCAACCAACAAGGUUGUGACGGCGACCGGUUGUACUACGACGGCUCUGCAAUGAUCGUGGUUAAUGGGGAGAUCGUGGCCCAGGGAUCGCAGUUCUCAUUGAAUGAUGUGGAAGUUGUCACUGCGACUGUCGACAUUGAAUCGGUUCGGACCUAUCGCUGCAGCGCAAGUCGCGGAUUGCAGGCGAGCAAGCAAUCGCCCUAUGUCCGCCUGGAUCUCGAUAUGAGGCUAUCGCGCUCGAGGGAACAGGCAGAGCCUGGCCUUGCAACUUCAGAGCCUUUCAAGCCCCGUUUUCAUGCUCCCGAGGAAGAAAUUGCCCUGGGGCCUGCCUGCUGGCUUUGGGACUACCUUCGGAGAUGCGGCGCCGCGGGUUUCUUUCUUCCGCUGAGUGGUGGCAUUGAUAGCUGCUCUACCGCUAUUAUUGUGCACUCGAUGUGUCGAGAGGUUUUGAAGGCUGUGAAUGAAGGAAACGAACAGGUGAUCAAGGAUGUCCGCCGACUCUGUGCGAAGCCAGAAGAUUCAGACUGGCUUCCGACUAGCAGCCAGGAAAUUUGCAAAUGCAUCUUCCACACCAGUUACAUGGGCACGGAAAAUUCGGGUCAGGAAACAAGAGAUCGAUCUAGGAGGCUGGCAUCGGAUAUCGGAUCAUACCACGUCGAUUUCAACUUUGACACUGUGGUGACCGCCAUCAUGAAUCUCUUCACUGUGAUCACCAACUUCCAGCCCAAGUUCAAAGUCCACGGCGGAAGUCAUGCUGAGAAUGCGGCCUUGCAGAAUGUGCAAGCCCGUCUCAGGAUGGUCCUGUCAUACCUGUUUGCGUCGCUGUUGCCCACUGUUCGUCAGCGGCCCGGAGGUGGUGGACUUUUGGUCCUCGCAUCCUCUAAUGUGGAUGAAUGCUUGAGAGGUUAUUUGACAAAGUACGAUGCUUCUUCUGCAGAUUUAAACCCAAUCGGUUCCAUCUCCAAAGUCGAUCUCAAGAAAUUCAUCGCUUGGGCCGGUCACAAAUUCGACCUGCCCAUCCUCGAGGAAUUCUUGCACGCGACCCCGACUGCGGAACUGGAGCCUAUCACAGCGACCUACGUACAAUCAGACGAAGCAGACAUGGGCGUCACCUAUGCCGAACUGGGCACAUUUGGAUAUUUGCGAAAGGUGGCCAAACUGGGUCCUUGGUCGAUGUAUGAGAAGCUGCUGCACCAGUGGGCCAAUGAGUUCAGUCCACGCGAGAUCUACGAGAAGACUCGCCACUUCUUCUAUUACUACUCUAUCAACAGACAUAAGAUGACUACUCUGACCCCCUCCUAUCACGCCGAGCAAUACUCGCCCGAGGAUAAUAGGCAUGACAUGAGACAGUUCCUGUAUCCUCCUUUCACGUGGGCGUAUAAGAAGAUGGAGGAAAGUGUCAAGUUCUGGGAAUCAAAGGGCUGGACUGCUGGGCGGGCACAGAAGAAGAGUGUCAAGGCCGAUUGA